AUGUCUGCAUUGUUUCAAGGAUUCCAGUUCCGUAACCGCUACCGGAAAUUAAAUUGCCAAAGUCGUCAGCUCAGUGGUCCGAAGCCAACGCAUUUCAUUUUUUCAAUCAGAAUUAAAAUGUCUAGACGAUGCCACAUAUGUCGACAGUUUCGCUACCAGAACGCUGGCGACUGCACUAUGUUUCAUCUCCUAAACUGGAUUUCUCCACUCCCUGCUCCAGCAUUUCGGGACAAUUUGGAUCCGCCAAAAUACGGUGAGCAAUUGUUCGUAAAAGCAAGUCAAAGGCAUCUGCAUGUCCGCUGA